CUAUUAAACGCCCUGAGGAUGUGAGCUGGAGGCUUGUGUUUCAAAUGCAAAGCGACUUCCAGCCAGAGAGUUUUGUUCUCUGAACAUGGCCAGGAGUGUAUUCCUUGUCCCCUUCUUGUCCCUUUGCCCAAAUAAUUGUCCCGACUGUUGCAGUUGGGUUUUAGCUUUUAGUUGUGUUUUAGCUUUUACCACGGGCCCCUUUGGGUAACUUCUGGUGCGGCGUUUGAGGUCGGGGAGGGCGGAAGGGGACGUAAUGGAGGAAGUUGCACAUCUCUGAAGUUUCCUUGAGAGGCACCUGCAGGCAGAGAAGUUGCUCCCCUUCCUCCCUGCUGCCUUUAGAGCCGGGUGGGUACCAGUGCAUGCUGGUGGCCAUGGCCGCUCCACUGUGGCUGCUGCUGGCCCUGCUGGGCUGCACCACGGCACUGGAUCCUGCCCUGGAGGAGGCCUGGGAAGGGUGGAAGAUCCUCCAUGCCAAGGAGUACCUAGGGGAGGCCGAGGCCGCCCGCCGGGAGGUUUGGGAGAAGAACCUGAGGCGCAUCCAGCAGCACAACCUGGAGGAGUCGCAGGGGCAGCACGGCUUCCGCCUGGCCAUGAACCACUACGGCGACCUGACGGACGAGGAGUUUAACCAGCUCAUGAACGGCUUCACCCCGGCGUGGCAGGAGGAGCCGGUGCUGCUCUUCCAGGCAUCAGAGGACCUGAAGACCCCGGCGGAGGUGGACUGGCGAGCGAAGGGCUACGUGACGCCCGUGAAGAACCAGGGUCACUGUGGGUCGUGCUGGGCCUUCAGUGCCACGGGGGCUUUGGAGGGGCUCGUCUUCAAUCGGACGGGGAAGCUGGCAGCGCUGAGCGAGCAGAACCUCAUCGACUGCUCCCGAAAGUUGGGCAACAACGGCUGCCGCGGCGGCUACAUGACCCGCGCCUUCCAGUACGUGCACGACAACGGGGGCUUGAACUCGGAGCAGGUCUACCCCUACGUGGCCACGGACACCUCCAGCUGCCGGUACAACCCCCGGGACAGGGCGGCCAAUUGCUCCACCAUUUGGAUGGUGGCCCAGGGCAACGAGGUGGCUCUGGAGCAGGCGGUGGCAACCGUGGGCCCCAUCUCCGUGGCGGUGGACGCCAGCAGCUUCUCCUUCCACUUCUACAAGUCUGGCAUCUUCAGCAGCAUGCUCUGCAGCCAGAAGGUGAACCACGGGAUGCUGGCCGUGGGCUAUGGCACAAGCCAGGAGAACGGGCGCAACGUGAGCUACUGGAUCUUAAAGAACAGCUGGUCGGAGGUGUGGGGCGAGCAGGGCUACAUCCGCCUGCUGAAGGGCACCAACAACCACUGCGGGGUGGCCAACCAGGCCAGCUUCCCCAUGCUGUGAGCCGGGACACCCCUCCCUCCCCGCCGGGGCUGUGGAUCCACGGCUGUUUCCUUCUGGAAAGGGGCUUUUGUUCAUGUGCGGCGGUGAGCAGCAAUUAAAAGUGGCAUGGCUAAUCACUCUGCGCCUGCAAAUGGUGGCCAGGCAGGGUUUGGUGGCCGAGG